GUAGCUCACGUGGUCGUUCCGGGAGGGGCAGAGCGUCUCGCAGGCAGUAGCGCCCCGGCCCCAGCAGCCAUGUCCGGCCGCAGCAACAACAAGCUGCCCAGUAACCUGCCCCAGCUGCAGAACCUGAUCAAGCGGGACCCGCCGGCUUAUACCGAGGAGUUUCUCCAGCAGUAUCGUCACUACCAGUCCAAUGUGGAGAUUUUCAAACUCCAGCCUGAUAAGCCCAGUAAGGAGCUGGCUGAAUUGGUGAUCUUCUUAGCACAGGUUGGGCAUUGCUAUCCAGAACAUCUUGUUGAUUUUCCACAGCAGCUGAAAGAAUUGCUUUCUUACAAUCACACCGUUUUGGAUGCAGAUCUUCGAAUGACAUUUUGCAAAGCUCUGAUCUUAUUAAGAAACAAGAAUCUAAUAAACCCUACAAGUUUGCUGGAACUCUUCUUUGAACUCCUGCGCUGCCAUGAUAAACUUCUACGGAAAACUUUAUAUACUCACAUUGUGACAGACAUCAAGAAUAUAAAUGCUAAACACAAGAACAAUAAAGUGAAUACAGCACUGCAGAACUUCAUGUAUACUAUGUUAAGAGACAGCAACCCUACUGCAGCCAAGAUAUCUCUGGAUGUGAUGAUCGAAUUAUAUAGAAGGAAUAUUUGGAAUGAUGCCAAAACAGUCAAUGUUAUCACAACAGCCUGCUUUUCCAAAGUCACAAAGAUACUAGUUGCUGGUUUGAAAUUCUUCCUUGGGAAAGAUGAAGAUGAGAAAAGAGAGAGUGAUUCAGAAUCUGAGGAUGAAGGGCCUACAGCCAGAAACCUCAUGGUGAGGUAUGCAACCGGAAAGAAAACCACCAAACACAAGAAGAAGAUGGAGAAAGCCAUGAAGGUUCUGAAGAAACAUAAGAAGAAGAAAAAGGCAGAGGUGUUUAAUUUCUCCGCUAUUCAUUUGAUCCAUGAUCCCCAAGAUUUUGCAGAGAAACUCCUAAAGCAGCUCGAGACCUCCAAGGAACGAUUUGAAGUGAAGAUGAUGCUCAUGGACCUUAUCUCUAGACUAGUUGGAAUACACGAGCUCUUUCUCUUUAACUUCUAUCCCUUUGUGCAGCGGUUCAUGCAGCCCCAUCAGAGAGAAGUGACCAAGAUCCUUCUUUUUGCUGCGCAAGCGUCUCAUCAGCUGGUGCCGCCAGAGAUCAUCCAGUCAGUAUUAAUGACCAUAGCCAACAACUUCGUCACUGACAAGAAUUCUGGGGAAGUUAUGACUGUAGGAAUGAAUGCGAUAAAAGAGAUAACUGCGAGAUGUCCUCUGGCUAUGACCGAAGACCUGCUCCAAGACCUUGCCCUGUACAAAUCUCAUAAAGAUAAAAAUGUAAUGAUGUCUGCAAGAACUCUGAUACAUCUCUUCCGAUCACUGAAUCCGCAAAUGUUACAAAAAAAAUUCAGGGGUAAACCUACUGAGGCCUCAUCAGAAGCCAGAAUCCAUGAGUAUGGAGAAUUAGAUGCCAAAGAUUAUAUUCCAGGAGCAGAAAUAUUAGAGGUUGAGAAUAAGGAAGAAGGAGGGAAACACGAGGAAGAUGGAUGGCAAAGUGCCAGUCUCGGUGAGGAGGAAGACGAUGAAGAUGGGGAAUGGAUAGAUGUGCACCACUCCUCAGAUGAGGAGCAGCAAGAAGUAGGGGAGAAGAUCAAAAGCAUGCCUGUAGAAGAACAGAAAGCCAAAGCAGCAGCAGUUAGCACGAGCCGGGUUUUAACUCAAGAAGACUUCCAGAAAAUACACCUGGCCCAGAUAGCCAAAGAGCUCAACUCGGCACCUGGCAAAGCUGCAAAGAGGAAGAACAUUGCAAUAGACAGCGACGAGGAGAGCAGGGGAGAGUUGCUUUCGCUCAGAGAUAUUGAGCAUCUACAUAAGAAGCCUAAAUCAGACAAGGAAACAAGACUGGCCACAGCCAUGGCUGGAAAGACAGACAGAAAAGAAUUUGUGAAAAGAAAAACUAAAAUGAAUCCGUUCGCUAGCUCCACUAACAAAGAGAAGAAAAAGCAGAAGAACUUUAUGAUGAUGAGAUACAGUCACAAUGUCCGAACAAAAAAUAAACGUUCCUUCAGGGAAAAACAGUUGGCAUUACGAGAUGCACUUUUGAAAAAGAGAAAAAGGCUGGUGAAAUAAUUUAAAACAACAAAGGAGCGGACUGUUUUAUAUCCUUACUGUGGGUAUAGUAAUAACCCUAGAAAAUUUUUAUAUUGGAAAGUACAAGAUCACCUGUACUGAAGAAUUGGAUGUCCAUUGAAUAUAACUCUGCAGCACCAAAUGAGUUUCAUUUGUACAUGUUGGCGUCAAGAGAUCCUGCAUUCUAGAAGCAUCUUCAGAAGGGAGGCUGUUACCUUGUAUUGAAUAUAACUUAUUUUGAGUUAACUGGUUAUGUCCCUGUAAAUAUUAACUAAAGCAAGGAGAAUUUCAUUGUUAAAUGUUUUGCCUGAAUCAUGGAAAAUGUAAAUCCUAGAUCAAUCCAUGGAAAAUAACUUUUACAUAGAUUAAAAACUUUGUGCCUUUCAUAA